GGCAUGCUCCGCGGCCGCCCGCGGUCGAGUGCGCCGAGGCAUCUUCCCAACAGCGGCUGAGCCUCCGCGUCGCUGCGCUCCGCACCCCAGCCGGCCGCCCCGCUGCCUCGCUCGCCUCCCCUGCCGCCCGCCCGUGCGUCCGAGCGCCCACAGCCCUCCUGCGAGGGCGCCCCGGGACGGAAGGGUCCAGCAGCCUGCCGGCGCCCGCCGCGCUCGUGGUCGCCGUCGCCGUCGUGGUCGUGGUCGUGUCCGCCGUCGCCUGGGCCAUGGCCAAUUACAUCCACGUCCCGCCCGGCUCGCCCGAGGUGCCGAAGCUGGACGUGACGGUGCAGGACCAGGAGGAGCAGCGCUGCCGCGAGGGCGCCCUGAGCCUGCUGCGGCACCUGCGGCCGCUCUGGGACCCCCGCGAGGUGACCCUGCAGCUCUUCACAGACGGGAUCACGAAUAAACUCAUUGGCUGCUACGUGGGGGACGCCAUGGAGGACGUGGUUCUGGUGAGGAUUUACGGCAAUAAGACGGAGCUGCUCGUGGACCGAGACGAGGAAGUGAAGAGCUUCCGCGUGCUGCAGGCUCACGGCUGUGCGCCGCAGCUCUACUGCACCUUCAACAACGGGCUGUGCUACGAGUUCAUUCAGGGCGAAGCCUUGGACCCGCAGCACGUCUGCAAGCCGGCCAUUUUCAGGCUAAUAGCUCGUCAGCUGGCCAAAAUCCAUGCUAUCCACGCACACAAUGGCUGGAUCCCCAAGUCUAACUUAUGGCUAAAGAUGGGAAAAUACUUCUCUCUCAUUCCCACAGGAUUUGCUGAUGAAGCCAUUAAUAAAAGGUUCCUAAGUGAUAUUCCAAGCUCUCAGAUUCUUCAGGAAGAGAUGACUUGGAUGAAGGACAUUCUCUCCAGUCUGGGCUCACCUGUGGUACUUUGCCAUAAUGACCUGUUGUGUAAGAAUAUAAUCUACAAUGAGAAACAAGGCGAUGUCCAGUUCAUUGAUUAUGAGUAUUCUGGAUACAACUACCUGGCAUAUGAUAUCGGAAAUCAUUUCAAUGAAUUUGCAGGUGUCAGUGAUGUAGACUAUAGUCUCUAUCCAGAUAGAGAACUGCAGGGCCAGUGGCUACGCUCUUACCUCGAAGCCUACAAAGAAUAUAAGGGCUUUGGCACUGAAGUCACUGAAAAGGAAGUAGAAACACUCUUCAUUCAAGUCAACCAGUUUGCAUUGGUACGCGAUCGUUCGCUUUAACCAGUACUUCAAAAUGAAGCCCGAGGUCACCGCCCUGAAAGUGCCGGAGUAGAGAAGAGGCCUCGCCGCUCUCCAGGAGACAAGCCCUGCUGGGGGAUGUUUUCUUAA